AAGGCCAAAAAAAAUUGUGAAUUAAAAAUAUAUGGCGGGGAAAGAAAGGCGGCGACGGAAUCGGGUAAAUUUAUAGCGCGAAGGAAAGAACGGCGAGUGAGGAACGGUUGGGAUCAUUCAGAUCGUCUGGCAUGUCUUGAGUGACGGUGAAGGACUUUAAAAGACAAAGCAGAAUCACCUUCGGCGUUAUUAUUUCUUGCACGUAAACCCUUAAAAGCAAAUCUUUUCUUCGGCGGCAUCUCUUGAAAUCAUAGACCCCACAACUUUAUUUUUUCUUGUACACAAACCCUUGAAAGCAAAUGUCUCCUUAGGCGGAAUCUCCUGUAUUCAUAGACUGCACAGCUUUGAGUAUUAAACAUGCCAAAGUCUAGGCGUAACAGAGUUGGCUAUUUAUAGUUAUUUGGAGGGAGUGGAUUUUUGUUUGAAAAAAUGACGGAUGAGAUGGGCCAAGGUGCUACAGAAGUUGUAACAGCUGCAGAUGGUGGAGCAUCUUCAUCAACAACUGCUAAUGAGGGAGGAGAAAAUAACUUAAAUCCUAAUUCAGUAUUGCAGUUUGCACCGUGGCAGAGCACAGUGGAAGAGGGUUUUUGGAGAAAGUUAGCCAACCUAAAACUCAAUGAGCUUGGCAUUUCUCAACACCCAAUUGAAAUCACAGGCUUUUAUGCUCCAUCUUCUCAUGGGCAAGUGUCAAAUCAUUUAAAGCUGCUUUCUGAAUCACUAUUGCCUCAUAAUGGUGAGGAAACAUCAGCUUCUGUCUAUUUUUUAGGGAACAGAAACCUUUGUCCUGUUCCAGGAAUACUACACAAUACAAAUACACUGGAAAGCUUCAAGGCUCUUGACAGGCAGACUCAAUUGAAUUUGGAGGCAAAGAAGAUUUGGGAAGAUAUACAUUCUGGAAGAGCAGAGGAGGACAGCAGUUUGCUUUGUAGAUUUUUGCUGAUUUCAUUUGUAGAUUUAAAGAAAUGGAACUUCUAUUAUUGGUUUGCUUUUCCAGCUUUGGUUCUUGAUCCUCCUGCAACAUUUUCCAAAUUGCAACGAGCCUCGGAUUUUUUUAGCUUCGAAGAGAGAAAGGCUUUAUUAGCUGCUUGUAAUGGAUGGCGACAAUCCGAAGCAACUACAGGCGUGCCUUUCUUUUUAGUGCACAUUUUCUCUAAUGUUGAUGUUAGACUAAGGCCUUUAAACGAAUGGGAAACAUGCCAAGAAGAAGGUGGUAAGGUACUUUUAGGUUUUUAUGAUCCGUGCCACCUCCCAAGCAAUCCAGGAUGGCCUCUUCGGAACUUAAUUGCUUUUGCUGCUGCUCGGUGGGGACUAGGAAGUGUUACGGUUCUAUGCUAUCGGGAAAAAGGAGGGUUAGGAGAUUUGCAGCAAUCUCUCGUUGCUGAUAUCUCAGUUUCCUCUACACAAGGUUGGAGUGAUCCUCAAAGUGUUCCCAAGGCAGUGGGAUGGGAACGAAAUAACCAAAGCAAGAUGGGGCCUAGGCGGAUCAGUCUUGCAUCUCAGAUGGAUCCGAAGAGGUUAGCUAUAUCGGCAGCAGAUUUAAAUUUGAAGCUUAUGAGAUGGCGUCUUCUACCUUCCCUAAACUUGCCACUUUUAUCGAGUACAAAAUGUCUUCUUCUAGGAGCAGGUACACUUGGAUGUCAGGUUGCCCGUAAUCUUAUGGCUUGGGGCAUUAGACAUAUCACACUAGUUGACUAUGGUCGUGUGGCCAUGUCAAAUCCUGUGCGGCAAUCUUUAUAUACUUUAGAUGACUCCCUGAAUGGAGGUGAGCUGAAGGCUUUUACAGCAGCGAAGAAUUUGAAGUGCAUUUUUCCUGGCGUGGAGGCAGAGGGCAUUUCCAUGGCCAUUCCGAUGCCUGGACAUCCAGUGGCAGAAGAUGAAAUAGAAAAUAUUGUUAAAGAUUGUUUGCAUCUAAAGGAUCUGAUUGUCAGCCAUGAUUUUGUUUUCUUGCUCACUGAUACAAGAGAAAGUCGUUGGCUUCCAACACUUCUAUGUGCUGAUGCUAAUAAGGUGGCAAUCACAGCUGCUUUAGGAUUUGAUACCUUUCUCGUGAUGCGACAUGGUGCAGGCAUAGCCUUACCUAGUACUGAUUCCUCUCCUGCAUGUUCUGACGAGGAGACCAAUUCUCCACAGAUUGAACAUGAUGAACCUUCUGAAUUAAUGGACCUGUCAAUUUUUGAGGAGACAGAACGAAGGAAACAACGAUUAGGGUGCUACUAUUGCAGCGAUAUUGUUGCUCCCGUAGAUUCAACUAGGAACCUUACUUUGGAUCAGCAGUGUACUGUAACACGUCCUGGGCUUGCUCCUAUUGUUGCAUCUCUUGCGGUAGAACUUACAGUGGGCAUUAUUCAUCAUCCUCUUGGGAUAAAUGCCUCAGCAGAUCAAACAGCUUCAGACAUUUCGAGUGUUGAACAGCCUCUUGGUAUUUUGCCUCAUCAAAUCCGUGGUGAUAUUGCAAAAUUUUCACAAGUGAUAUUCAAGGGGCGUGCAUUUAACAGAUGCACAGCUUGCUCUGAGACGGUUGUGUCAGAAUAUCGUAAAAGAGGAAUGGACUUCAUACUAGAGGCCUUAAAUCAGCCUUCAUAUUUGGAAGAUCUUACAGGACUUACAACAUUGAUGGACCUGGCAAAUAACUUCAAUUUAGAUCUUGAAGACUCAGAUGAUGAUCUAGAUGACAAUGUUCAGACACUGAUGUAAAGCUCAUUGUGCAGUGCAUUUGUUUGUGCAAGAAGUUGUAAUAUCCAUUCAGUCGAAUUACUGUACAUACAAUACAUAACCAAGCUUUUCAUACAAGUGGGGAUAUGCUGACAUCCUUUACCAAGGUUACAAACUCAAGACUUGUGGAGUAACUUGCGGGUCUAAUGGACUCAAAUUUAUCUAGAUGGCAAUGUUCAGACCGUGUAAACCUCAUUGUGUAUUUUUGCAUUUGUUUAAGAAAUUGUAAUAUCCAUUUAGCCGAAUUAACAUACAUACAAUACAUUAGCAAUCUUUUCAUGUAAGUGGGGAUAUGCUUGACAUCUUCUACAAAGGUCACAAACUCAAGACUUGUGGAGUACUUCCAGGUUCUAGUGUACUCAAAUUCAAGAUGUAAUGAUUUGUUUUGUCAACUGAUAUGACAGAAAGGGGAGGGAAAAUCAGAACACAAUUCCUCAUGGAGUAACUUGCAAAUUGGAUGCAAGACAAUUUUUGGAUCUGGAUAUGUUUUUAAAUUCAAUAUAAUGCCAUUUGGUUUGAGCAAA